AUGCACAUGCCGGUACAUACCAACAACUCUAGGGUUGGCUUGGAAGAGAUCCAUCGGCUGUUGCUUGAUAUAAUGGCCGCUCACCCACCAUUAGAUCUGCUCACCUCUCUACACACACCUAACAAAGACCUCAAUCUGAGCGCUCAACUCUACCCGUCCGCCAUACGACUCUCCUAUCAAGAAAUGAUGCAUAUGGCACACAUCCUUCUUCGUACUCGAAACACCCCAGACUACACAAGAGCCGCCGCCAAAGUAAUUUAUAACCCGCAAAAUCAGCCCAAGCCCUCUUUCUACUGGAUGCAUCCUCGCAGUCGUCUUAUCUGCUCUUAUGGGUGA